UUUUAACUUAAAAAAGAUGUCGGACACCGAAGAACAAAUAGGAGAGGAGGAGGAGGAAGUCAAGGGUGGGGACGAAGAGGAACAGUUAGGUGAAGAAGAAGAGAAGCUGGGAGAAGAAGAAAAACAAGAAGAGGAAGAGGAAGAAGAGAAAGUUCCUGAAAAUCCAUUGACAGAGGAAACUGUUGGAGAAUGCCUCUCACUGCUCUGUAAAACUGGUGAUGGUUUGGCCCAUGCAUUUGUCAGAUUGGAUAUACAUGAAAGAGAAAUUACAGAUAUCAGUAUCUUGAAAGCCUUUAUUCACCUGAGAUACAUUGACCUGAGUGGGAAUAAACUAAAAGAUAUCAGUUCACUUAGUGUUUUAACUCAUUUACUGACAUUGAAAGCUGACAAUAAUUUACUUGUGUCAGCAAAGUUAGAAGAGAUGCCAUUCUUACAAAUUGCCAGCUUCAACAAAAAUAAAAUAAAAUCACUGGAAGGAGUUAAUCACCCAAUGUUGGAACACCUGAGUCUGAAUGACAAUGAAAUAAACCAAAUAUCAGGUCUAGAUCCAGUUAAACUGUCCCGUUUACACACACUGGAGCUGAGAGGAAACAAACUGGAGACCACAGAAGGAGUUUGUCUUCCAAAUCUGAAGAACUUGUUCCUUGCAGCUAAUACAAUUAAGAAAGUUGAAGGCAUGAACAGACUUCAGAGUUUAACCACUCUACAUCUGAGAGACAACCAGUUAGAAGCUUUAGAUGGAUUUGUUGAGGAUUUAAAGAUGCUACAAUACGUCAACUUCAGAGGAAACAACAUCACAUCACUAAAAGAAUUACAGAAACUUCAGCCUCUGCCAAUGUUGAGAGCUCUGGUACUAUCAGAGAACCCUGCUGCUGAGGAGGAGGAUUAUCGCCUCGAGGUUCUGAUCACUCUGAGGAAGCUUGAGAGGCUGGACAAGGAGGAGUAUAAUGAUGAGGAGCGCGAGGAGGCAGAACAGAUCUACGAACAGAGGCGACAGGAGGAGCUGGCAGCGGAGAAUACAACAGAAGGAGAGCAAGAAUGAGGAAGGAUCAGAAGCAGAGGAGGACUAGAGGACCAGUAAAAAAUAACACCUUUAAAACCGCAAUAGAAAUUGCAGAAAGUGUCUUUGAAAUGAAAACAGCUCACAUCUGACAUGGAAAGCCAGUGUUGAAUUUGUGAACAAAUAUCUGUGAUAUAUUAUUUACUGUACAAUAUCUGUUUAUAGAAAUUCUAAUCACAUCUUUUUUUUU